UGAAGGUGUAGAGGGAGGUUAUACAGGGGGCUGAGGACUCAGUUUUCUCUAAAAUACCUCAAACACACGUUACUCUGCACAACAAGAUGUCUGUAGCUGUUUUGCGGUUGAUGCCUUGUCGUAGACUAAGCACAACUGGUCCAGGCCUAAGAAAAGCAAUUGCAUGGAAAGAUGUUCGAAAAAUAGCUAAAGUAACCGGUGCUAUUGUACUGGGCGGCUGUGUUUUUAUCACUUAUGAGGUCGUCAACUUGAACAAGGCGGUCACCAUCGACACUCAAGCUAUUCUACAAGAGAAACAGAAGUCUUUUAUCUACCUAACCCCCAUCACUAAGGUAGAACAGGAGAUCCUAAGCACCAAUUUCACGUAUAAAGCCAGAAAGGAACUCCAUAAAGCAGCAAAAAAACUUAUUGAACUAUCAUCUAAAGUCUUCCGUCGUCCCCUGGAUGAGAGUCUAAGUCACAUGGAUGCAGAUCCACAUGAGUUCGCUUUGUGGGUGCUGUUAAAGAGGACCCGUUCUGCCAGUCAGUCAGAGCGCCUACAGGCUGUCCAGGACCUGGCACACACUCAGUGGCAGGAUUACCAGUACCAGACAGCAGCCCAGUCUAUAGACCAGCGCACGGCUAUCGGCCUGGCUCGCGCUCCUAACGUGAACCUACGCUUCUUCCUCUCCCCGCCCGCUCUUCCUGAAGUGCAGGAUGAGUUUCUGAUAGAGGACGGUCUGAGGCAGCUGCUGGCCUCUCUGCCCCAGUCAGAGGUGGAUCAGUGUGUGCAGUAUUUCACCUCACUGGCUUUGAGAGAGAGCAACCAAUCAAUGGCUACACAAAGGGGUGGGCUGUGGUGUUUUGGCGGGAAUGGACUGCCAUACGCGCAAAGUCUUACAUCCAUCCCCUCAGAGAAGGUGGAGUCUUUCUGCCUGCAGGCUCUGGUGCAGCACUCGAAGGUUAAGAGUCACUGCGAUCACAUGGUGGCUAACGGAGGGCUGCAGCUCUUACAGAGAGUUUACCAGCUUCGGCGCGACUCACAGAAGAUUCAGCGCAACAUCGUGCGCGUCAUCGGAAACCUGGCGCUCAACGAGAACCUGCACACGGCCAUCGUGCAAUCAGGUUGGGUGUCUGUCCUGGCUGAGAUGGCACAGUCUCCUCACAUCCUACAGGCCUCCCAUGCUGCCCGUGCUUUAGCAAACCUGGACCGAGAUGCAGAGCUGCAGAAGUACCAAGAUGGAGUCUAUGUUUUACAUCCACAGUGUAGAACCGGCCAGCCCAUAAAAGCAGACGUCCUGUUUGUCCACGGCCUUCUGGGUGCUGCUUUUAAGACGUGGAGACAAAAGGACUGUGAUCUAACGGAGGAAAAAUCAGGAGAAUCAGAAGAUUACACCGAGUGCUGGCCCAAGUCCUGGUUGGCAGCGGACUGCCCCCACCUCAGAAUCCUGUCCGUAGAGUACGACACGCACCUCAGUGACUGGAGAUCCAAGUGCCCUGCUGAAAACCAAAGGAAGUCUCUGGCGUAUAGGAGUGGAGAGCUGCUGAAGAAGCUGAAGGCUGCCGGAGUCGGAGACAGACCUGUGGUUUGGGUGGCACACAGUAUGGGAGGUCUGCUUGUGAAGAAGAUGCUUCUUGAUGCAUCUAAGGAUCCUGAGCUGAGUCCCUUGGUCAAGAACACGAAGGGUCUGUUGUUCUACAGCGUACCCCAUCGUGGCACGUUUAUGGCAGAGUACUCUGUAAACGUGCGGUAUCUCCUGUUCCCCUCCAUAGAAGUGAGAGAGCUCUGCAGAGACUCUCCAGCCCUGCGGGACCUGAAUGAGAAUUUCCUCAACAUGGCAGAAGAGAACGAGUUCAAGAUUCUGAGCUUCGCUGAAACCUUGCCUACGUCUGUCGGUCCAAUGCUGAAUAUAUUAGUCGUUCCUGCUCAGUCGGCAGAUUUAGGUGUCGGAGACCUGAUUGAAGUGGAUGUCAAUCAUCUCAACAUCUGCAAACCUGAGAAGAAGGACACGUUCCUCUACAAGAGCAGCUUACAGUUCAUCCAGGACGCUCUCAAAGAGCAAAUACAAAACUGAAUCCUUCCGAAUGUCAAGUCGCACGUCCAGAUCUUCCAUACGAGCCAUCGAUAUGAGAAAUGAACCAAGAAUUAUGGACUAGAUAUAAAAGAGUCAUUCUGAAAUUUGUAAACACGGUUUUGAAGAAAUUAUUGUACAUGAUGCCUCGAUAUUUUACACUUAACUAAUUAUCCUUAACUUAAACGGUAACAUCUUAAUUUUUAAUGUUUGAUAUACAGAUUUGUUUUGCUGAUACUGUGUCCAUUCGUGUAAUCCCUUUUAACUCUGCCCAUCAUCUAACUCUUAUUUAUUUUAUUUAUUCUGCCAGCCAGGUGGAGCAUCCCCGACUCACCAUACGUUUGGUCGAACUACCUCAAAUGUACAAGACUUUAACUGUAUAAAGUAUUUUCACGCAUCAGUAAUAACUAUUAAACCUGUUAGAAUCUUGCCAAAACGUGUUAUCAGAACCUGAGCACAACAAAUAAAAUGUUUGUCAUUUCA